GCAAAACAUCCUGUGGAAGAGCGGUGUUCUCUUAACACAAGUAUCUUAAAUACUUACAAAGAGGCACCAGCACAGCUACUGUAAACCUAAUCUUAGUUACCGAUUUUUUUUUAAUAUCUACCUGACUUUAAUAACCCCGGCCAUCAACGUGAGACAUCCUCUACGACACAUUUUUAUUUAUAUCGGGAAACAGCGAUAAGAAUAAAAUUCCAAUAAAUAUUUCUGGGCUGUCAGAGCCACAGACCAUUUGGGAGCACCAACCAGGACGUCACCCAUCCCAGAAUUUUUGGUCUUUGGGUUGAAAUUCUUUUGUCUUGUUUUGGACAUUCCGUCACGCAUGUAUUUCUGUAUUUUAUCAAAUAAAUAAAAAAGACGAGUGCUAUUGCAUGCCUUUUUAGCUGUAGCUUACAUUUGCCGUGAGAAAAACUAAAUCUUAAUUUCAUCUCGUAUAAAAAGCACACUCCGUCACAUUUUUAGAGGACAAUAAACAAGACAACGAAAAUAAUUAUGACCCCUUUAUCAAUUUUUCACCUACUUCUUUACCAAUGAUUGGAUCAGAAAUAUGUGUAGGUAAUUAAGUUAUAUAUUAAGGAUAUCAUGGUCAUUUAUUAAGAACACUGGUUUGACAGGUGUUCGACUCGCGUGCGUUCUUAUAAAUAGAAAUACACGUCCGGGGUAACAUUGUUUUUUAUCUGUUAUUUUUAUAGUUAUCUAACAUGGCAUGUGAGAAGCGGCUGAUAUAAUUUAGUUGUUUUCGACAUUUUUGUCAGUACCGCAGGUAUCCUAAGUGUGUGCGUGCACUGUGAAACCAUGGCUCCCGAAAUUAAAUACACCAAGUUGUUCAUCAACAACGAGUGGGUAGAUGCCAGAAGCGGUAAAACCUUUGACACAUAUUCUCCUCAUGAUGGCUCUGUCAUUGCAAAGAUUGCAGAAGGAGAUAAGGCUGAUAUAGAUUUGGCAGUGAGUGCAGCAAAGGCAGCGUUCCACCGUAACUCAGAAUGGCGAUUGCUAGACGCCUCGGCUCGCGGCCGAGUGCUCAACAAGUUCGCAGACCUCGUGCAACGUGACUCCAAGUAUCUCGCCGAGCUGGAGUCCUAUAAUAAUGGCAUGCUCGUCAACAUGGCCCUUCUCUUGUCGGAAAGAAACGUGCAGUCCAUUCGUUAUCUCGCCAGUUUAGCUGAUAAAAUUCAAGGCGACACUAUUCCUCUAGAUGGUGACAAUUUCACGUUCACUUUGAAACAGCCUGUUGGUGUGUGUGGACUGAUUCUGCCAUGGAAUUUCCCCAUUUUGAUGUUCAUUAACAAAGUCGUAACCGCUUUGGCUGCAGGAUGUACGGUGGUAGUAAAACCCGCAGAGCAGACCCCGUUAACAGCGCUUGCUCUGGCGGCUCUGCUGAAGGAGGCUGGCGUGCCCGCAGGCGUGGUGAAUGUGGUCAACGGCUACGGCCCCGGCGCGGGUACUGCGCUCACGCAUCACCCGGACGUUGCGAAAAUUUCUUUCACAGGUUCUGUUGAGGUUGGAAAGCUAAUUCAGCAAGCUGCUGGUAAAGUUAACUUGAAGCGGGUUACCCUUGAGCUUGGGGGCAAGAGUCCGCUCAUAAUUAUGAAUGAUGCUGAUCUAAACGUAGCGGUACCAACUGCAGCGUAUGGUGUGUUCGCCCAUCAAGGCCAGAUUUGUGUAGCCGCGUCACGCUUAUUCGUCCAAUCCGGUAUCUAUGAAAAGUUCGUUGAAAAAGCAGUGGAUUUUGCCAAAAACAAGAAGGUCGGAAACCCGGCUGAUACUACAGUAGAUCAAGGGCCACAGGUUGACGGCGAGAUGUUGGAAAAAGUGCUCGGCUACAUCGAAAAGGGUAAAAAAGAUGGCGCGAAACUGUUGACUGGCGGAAAACGUAUUGGUACAUCUGGCUUUUAUGUCGAGCCGACCGUCUUCGCUGACGUCAAAGAUGACAUGAUAAUUGCCAAAGAAGAGAUAUUCGGCCCAGUUCAGAGCAUCCUGAAGUUCGACACGCUGGAGGAGGUGAUUGACCGCGCCAAUAACACCAGUUACGGUCUUGCUGCGGGCAUCUUCACGACCAACAUCAAUAACGCGCUGCAGUACGCGAAGCAUGUGGAAGCCGGUAAUGUUUGGGUAAAUGGCUACUUGAUGGGAGGGCCACAGGUGCCGUUUGGUGGUUACAAGGACUCAGGUUUUGGUCGUGAGGGUGGAUUAAACUGCGUCGACCCUUAUUUGGAAGUAAAAACCGUUGCCAUCAGCUUACCAAAAAAGUUUUAACAAAUCAGAGAUAGAUGCGGAGUCAGCAACUAAGAAGAAACCACAAUCCAAUCUGUUUUUUUAUUAUUAAUUGAUUGUUAUCAAAAUUUGUAUUAAUUGUAUGAUAAAUUGGAUUUAUCACGUUACAAUUACAGAAUUAAAUUUA